UUUUAGUUUUCUGCCUUGUGUUUUCAUAAAAGCAAGCUCCUGAGUGAAGCUGGUUGACUUCACUGUGCCAAGUUAGCUGACGGUAUGUUCAUGCUCAGAGGCGUAAACAGGGACCCUGAUCCCGUUACUUCAGACCCUCAUACUCUUUUUUUAUCACCACAAUCCACAUUAGUGUUGAUUGAGUUUACACCAGCGGGAAGACAUUGAUAUUCUGUAUAAAAUGACUUCACACUUCUACCUAACCUCUUCUCACUGAUUCCUGUCACUCAAUGUUUUCCAUCCUUGCCUUGCUGUAGAGAUAGUCCCCAGCAAUCUCUUCAUCACUCUGACCUCAUCUUAUCAUCACCAUGGAGACUGCCAACAACUACGUGCUGAUCCACGGGAAAAACAUAUCCCACAAUACCCUCGGAGGCUCUGCUGCCGUACCCCACAUGUCCAUCGACAAGCUCUUCCCAGCUCUGCUCGAGUGCUUUGGCAUCAUAUUGUGCGGCUACAUAGCUGGCAGGGCAGAUAUCAUCACAGAGAGCCAGGCGAAGGGUUUGGGGAACUUUGUAUCUAAGUUUGCUCUUCCAGCGCUGCUCUUCAAAAACAUGGUGCUGCUGGACUUUGGAGAUGUGAUCUGGGCAUUUCUCUGGAGUGUGCUGGUUGCCAAGGUGACAGUGUUUGUGCUGGUGUGUGUGCUGACUCUGAUGGUGGCCAGUCCAGACAACAGAUACAGCAAAGCUGGUCUGUAUGCCAUCUUUGCUACGCAGAGCAAUGACUUUGCCUUAGGAUACCCUAUAGUUGAUGCUUUGUAUCGGAGCACAUACCCAGAGUACCUCCAGUACAUCUAUCUUGUCGCCCCCGUGUCCCUCAUGAUCCUCAAUCCCAUCGGCUUUGCUCUUUGUGAGGUGCAGAAGUGGAGGCAGGCCAGCCAUUCACAUCACAGCACUGUUGGCAUUGUGGGAGUUGUAGUCCUACAGGUGCUGAAGAACCCAGUCGUAUUCAUGGUGAUAGUGGGAAUCAUAGCCCACUUUGCCCUGGCCCAGCAGAUCCCUGCUGUGCUAUCUGAGUUCAUAGAUGGCCUGGCUAACUCUUUUGGAGGUGCAGCCUUAUUUUAUCUCGGCCUAUCUAUGGUUGGCCAACUUAAGAAACUAACCAGAGACACAGGAGUGGCCCUGAUUCUCCUCAUCACAGCCAAACUCCUGGUGAUGCCUCUGGUCUGUAAAGACAUGGUUGAUAUUCUGGAUGUCGGAGUGAACAGCACGAGCGCCAACCACACCAGUCUGUCUAACUUUGCUUUCCUAUAUGGAGUCUUCCCGACUGCUCCGAGUGUGGCCAUCUACGCUGCCCACUACAACAUGGAGCUAGAAGUGGUAACAUCCGGGAUGGUCAUCAGUACGUUUCUGUCUGCACCCAUCAUGUAUGUCUCAGCCUGGUUAUUAACAAUCCCCCUGAUGGACCCGACCCCCCUGGUGACAGAACUUGAAAAUGUCAGCUUCAACAUCAGCAUUGUCAGCCUGUUAGCAAUGGUGUGGACCAUAGUGGUGAUGUUGCUCAGCAGAAAAUUCAACAGACUUCCUCACCUCUUUUCUUUGAAUCUUUUCUUGGCUCAGUUCUUGGUGUGUGUCAGUAUGAUCCUAUGGAACGUCUUGGUGAAACAAGAGGGCAAUUUGAUCGGCAGAAUUAUCACCUUCACGCUGCUCUAUGGCUCUCUGUACAGCACCUACAUCUGGACGGGUUUGAUCCCUCUGUGUCUGGCUCUGACUGACAGAGAUGAUCUGCUGAGACUCCGACCAGGAGUGUUCAUGGUUUUGGGUUGGGGGGUUCCCUUCCUUAUGGUCGGAAGCCUUCUAAUAUUUGGGGAAAGGACUGAGACCAUCGAUUCUGCCUUUUUCUAUGGCAGGGCACAGAUCAUUAGCACGGCAGUGGUGCUUGCAGUCAGCCUGGGGCUCGGUGCAAUAUCUCUGAUGGGCCUCAGCCAGGGAGACAGGGAGCAGAGAGGCUAUGAGGCCCUGAACAGAGCUGCUUUAACAGGCAAUAAUGAGCUGAGGCCCCCUGGUGGCACAGACGACUCGCGACAACCACAACAACAGCUGACAGCAAAUUCGCCUGCCUGCAGCAUCAACUCAGACCACAACGGUUUCUCUCCUCUCCAGUCCUUACCGGAUAUGAUCGCAAGCACACAGAGGGAGCACCUCAACAGCACAGGCCACAGUGGGGCGCUGUUAGACGGGCAGACACUGGGCUCUACCACCUCUGAGCAGCCGCUGGACCUGCCGCCACCCGGGCUUCAACCCACUGACGAUAAACAGACAGUCAGACACGUUCUGCUCUGUCUGCUCCUCAGUGUCAGUCUGCUGGCGAACCUGUCCAGCUGUCUGUGGUGGCUGUUCAACAAAGAUCCUGGAAGACUUUACCUUGAACUCCAGUUCUUCUGUGCUGUGGCCAACUAUGGACAGGGUUUCCUGUCAUUUGGCAUCUUUGGUCUGGACAGACACCUUAUCCUGCUGCCCUUUAAAAAGAGGUUUUUGGGCCUGUGGCAGGGCAGGGACGUCGAUGAUUUAAGUCCUUCAAGUGUACCAGAGGAGGUCAGACUCACCUGUACCCAGUUUGUCCGCUACCACAAAGAUCAAUGUGUACAAGACAUUGUGCACACUCGCAGGUUUGGAGGAGGACUGGAGGAGGAGGAGGAGGAGGAGGAGGAGGAGGAGGAGGCUUUGAGACAUUCCCCAUCAAAUCAGCCCCAGCACUUUGACCCGCAUCAGGAUCCUCAGGAGAAACUAAACCUCGAGCCGCAGAAUCUGCACCAAAAUCAAGUUCCAGCUGAAUCCUGCAGCCAGUAUUCCCUUUCAUCUGGAUCCAAGCUUGAUCCUGACAGUGACCACAAAGCUCAGGUCCCGGCUAAUCCCCACCCACACCAGCAUGGUCUAGCUUCAAGCUCAACCCAUCUCCAGCAGCAUCCCCAGUCCUGCUCGGAAAGCGUGUUUCGGGGAAGUGACUUGGUGGACUGGCUGACAGAGCGGGGCUUGUGCGCUGGGCGAACCGACGCCAAACUGUAUUGUGUUCGACUUCAACAGGGAAGAGUCAUUGCCCACAUGGGAGGUCAGGGCAGUUUCAGGGAUGAUCCCACUGCGCUGUACAUCUUUACAUAGGGAGGAGAGAGGGGAGGGGAGGUCCAAUAACAUUUCAGAGGAAUUGAGAUGGAGGUACAAAGCUGCAACCACCAUGACCCAGUGUCAAAACCAAAGCAGAAGUGCCUUAUGGUGCAGUUUCUUCAACGACCACCAGAUACUGGUUAAGUCAUGGCUAAGUGACUCAUAACUAGCCUGAUAAAAGUAGUCUGUCCUGGUUGAGUCAGUGGUUUUCAGGUUGAUAUUCAGUGGUAUAUUCG